UACGCGUGACGCAGUUACGCAGGCGGCGCAGUCGUGAAACGCCGUGAACAAAAAAAAUAAUAAAAUUAUGGCACGGUCGCCCGGAGUGAGUGAAUUAUGUGAAAAUUCAACCAAUGUAUUUUUAGAUGUAUCACAAUUACUGUUGACUUACGCAGAUAACAUUCUUCGGAAUCCUAAUGAAGACAAAUACAGAUCAAUUCGAAUUGGAAACCCUGCAUUUUCAUCAAGACUUUUGCCAGUCAGGGGGGCAGUGGAAUGCCUUUUCGAGAUGGGAUUUGAAGAGGGAGAGACUCACCUUGUGUUUCCAAAGACUGCAUCUGUGGAGCAACUACGUCGGAUACGAGAAUCAAUUGCCAGUGAAAGGGAUCAGAGGCUGGGUGGGCACUCCUCACCGUCGGGACAAGCCCAGAACACAGUCACUGCCCAGCACCAGCCAGUUGGCACUUCUGCCUCCGCUCCAGUCCAGCCAGCAUGGAGCCCUGCUCCUUCCCAGCCAACUGCAAUGGCUUCUGAUAUGAGCUUUUUUAGAACCCUGCAAUCCAAUUUUCAACAUGUUCUGGUCUACGAGAACCCUGCACUUCAUCAAAAAGCUCUCUCCUGUAUUCCUGCUCAGCUGCUACGAACAAAAGCUCAGGAAAAUCUGUCUGAAGCCAAAAAAGUUGAUCCAGGCAGUGAAGUGAAUGUUGAAGAUUUCCUGCUGUUGGAACUUCUACGCUGGUUUAAGGAAGAGUUCUUCUCCUGGGUGAACAGCCUGCCCUGCAGCAAGUGUGGUGGCCAGACCCAAAAUGCUGGUGGUCUGCCUCCGUCCACAGAUGACCUGCGGUGGGAUGCCCAUCGAGUGGAGAAUCAUUACUGCAACCAGUGCCAUCUGACCAACAGAUUCCCAAGAUAUAACAAUCCUGAAAAGCUGCUGGAAACAAGACGGGGGAGAUGUGGAGAAUGGGCAAACUGCUUCACUCUGUGCUGUAGAGCUCUGGGACUGGAAGCAAGGUAUAUCUGGGAUAGCACAGAUCAUGUCUGGACAGAAGUGUAUUCCACAUCCCAGCACAGGUGGCUACACUGUGACCCCUGUGAGAAUGUGUGUGAUAAGCCCCUCCUCUAUGAGAUUGGCUGGGGGAAAAAACUCUCUUACAUCAUCGCUUUCUCCAAGGAAGAGGUUGUUGAUGUAAGCUGGAGGUAUUCUUGCAAACAUGCUGAAGUUCUGAGCAGGAGAACACAAGUCCAAGAAGGGUGGCUUCGAAAAACUAUUAAUGGGCUAACUUCUGUGAGACAGCAGUCCCUUACUGCAGACAGGAGGAAGGAGCUUCUGGAAAGACUACUUGUGGAGCUUGUGGAAUUUAUAUCCCCAAAGACUCCGAAACCUGGUGAACUUGGGGGACGAACAUCUGGCUCUCUAAUCUGGCGAGUGACCAGAGGGGAAACUCCCAGCCAACAACUGAACAAGGGAUUUGUUUUCAUUCCUUCUGAAAAUGAGAAGACACAGAAGUCAUUCCAUCUUCAGUACAACAUAGCCAAAGACCACUACAUUAGAGUGUCCAACAACCAAGAAGAAUUGAGCGGCUGGGAGAAGGGCACCUGGAAGACGGAGUCUGUUUUUAGGAAACUUGAAACUGAUUGGCAAAUGGUUUAUAUAGCACGUACAGAAGGAUCAUCUUCAGCUAAAAUCAGUUGGAAAUUUGUCUGUGGCUCAGUUGGACUAAAAAUCAAGACUGUUUCAAUAAGAGCAAGCAGUGAGACUUUUCAGACUGGCAAAGUGAGAUGGAAACUGAACUCUGAUAAAGAAAGUGUUGAACUUUCAGGAGAUAAAACACUGCAUUCAUUCCAGAAUUUUACUGGAGUGACAGAACUUGUAUUGGAAGCUGAACUGACUGGUGGGGAAGGUGAUGCUUCCUGGCAGCACACACAGCUGUUCAGACAAAGUCUAAAAGAUCAGGAGGAAUACCCUUUAGAGAUCAUCAUAGCCCUGGAUGAUGUUUGAUGUCCCUUUUCUCUGAAGAAACACGUUUCAUUCAUGUCUGUUAAUUGUUUUUGUGACCUGUUUCCAGUACAUUAGUCGCUCAACUGUCAUAAGCAUUUCUUUUAAACUUGCAUGGUAAAAAGGGGGUGUUAGGGAAUUGUUGUUGUAACCGGUGGCGAGACUAGUUAUUUUUAAGAUAAUGAUGUUUCACGGUUAAUGUAUUUUAAGAAAUUACUCAAAUAAACAAAUGUUUCAGCUAA